UUUUGGAAUCAAACACGUUAGCUUCACACUGAAGGAGAAACUAGGCGGUGGAUUGGUUUCUUGAUGCUACACCUCUCAAGUGGAAGAAUUGGUUUCCAUAUCAGAUGCUAUCUCCAGUUACGUCUCAGGAGGCUCAACACGCCUGCCAGUGACACAUGUACUUUUGUCACCAAGCGGCAUUAUUGUUGGUUUGUUUAAACUGCCUCUGUUAGCAAACUAACGUGAAGCAUGCCGGACACAGCGUUGAGAGGUGACCCGCCGCCGACCAAAACUGUAAUUGUCUACAAGAACGGAGACGCUUUCUUUCCCGGAAGAAAAAUAGUUGUGAACCCGCGACAUUUGUCAACCUUUGACAAUUUUUUGACCUCCUUGACCAGAGGGGUCGAGGCUCCUCACGCCGUGAGGAAGCUGUACACUCCCAGAGAGGGCCACAGAGUUCAGCAUUUGGACGACUUGAAGCAUGGGAGUGUGUAUGUUGCAGCUGGAAAUGAGCAGUUCAAAAAGCUGGACUAUUGUGAGAUAACAACCAAGAAACCACAGAGUAAGAAAAAAGAACAGAUCCGACCUGUUGUUCACAGCAGAUUGGUGGUUUCUGCACGCUGGAAGAGAACUACAGAUGAGUCUUGCACAAUAAAUGUAUUUACCAACGGAGAGGUCUUGGUUGGUCCAGCUCGAAUACGGAUCCCAAAGUAUACUCUUAGAAGCUGGGAAAAUGUUUUAGCCAUGGUGACAGAGAAAGUGCGUCUUCGCACUGGUGCUGUGUACAGGCUUUGCACAUUAGAUGGACGUCCUGUCUGCGGUCCCACUGAACUGGAGAACAACCAGUACUAUGUCGCAGUUGGUACAGAGAAGUUUAAAGCUGUCCCAUAUGGUCACUGUGACCGUUUCAGGGAUUUAAUAAGGGAAAACAACGUGACCGAAGGCCAAGACACCCUGCCUGCUAUUAGAAAGACAGGACUUCCAAAGCGUGUGUUUGCUCACACAGGCUUUAGAGAGGACCUUGAGCACACAGCCAGGGGCCAGAUGAAGAAACAAGCCAAACCAGAGAGAUCCAAACAACGGAGGCAGGUGUCCAGAAACCCAGUUCUCUUCUCAACAGGAGAGGGCAGCGUGUUCAAUGCACAAAACAAAAGAAGUGAGAUGGCAGGAGCAGCGGAGGUGCAGGAAGAGCGGCAGUUAAAGGUGGACCUGCCUAUUGAUCAGGUUGAGGCCAAGACAGUUGACGAGGAGUACAAAGAUGGAAGUUGUUCUGCGAGUCCCUGCAAGGCCUCCCUCCAUGAUUCAGACAGCUUGUGUCUGCCGAGGUCUCCGUCUGCAGCUUCCAGGAAGAAUCGCGUUUACCAGCGCAGACCUUCGAGGCAAGGAGUCACCGGCACAGUGUGCAGUGCUGCUAGUGGAGACACGGGAUUAAAGACACCUGAGGUGCUCAGAAACGAUGUGGAUGAGGUCGAGGACAUGAGGAGCCCACCGGAGAGAGAACAGAUGUCACAUGCCUCUUGCACCACGCUCAGGGAUGUGUGUGUGUGUGUGUUCUGUGCUGUGACAGGUAGCGUGUCGUGGUUGAAAGGUAAAGCCGGGCCCUAGUCCCAGAAGGAAAUGGGGGCCAACAAGGGGGGAAGGGGCACCAGGAUAAAAAGAAAUGUAUGAAAAUACUUCCUGGAUGUAGACACCUUGUUGUCUGGUGUUCAGCGUGAACUUUACAAAAGGCUGUCAGUCAAAACUGGAACUUUAACACCUCGCACAUGGGAUGUUUUCAAACUGAGCUCAAAAGAGCUACCGAACUAUCAAUAAAAAAUAAAUAAAAUGUUUU